ACUUCCCGGAGGCGGCAAAUCCGGAGGGGCCGCCGCCGUCCUCAUGCUGCCCGCGGACUGCUCGCGCCGGCUGGUGGCCGAGCUGCGGGACGCCCUGGACGCCUGCGCUGAGCGACAGCGGCAGCUGGAUCGGAGCCUGCGAGUCUCCCGCCGGCUGCUGCGGACCUGGGAACCAGCCGAGACCCCGGCUCCGCAGCCAACCCCAGGGCCAGAAACUAGCGAAGAGGCCCCGUCUCCGGAAUGCACACCCAGCUCUCAAGAGCUCAAGGAGCUGGAGCUUCUGACCCAGGCGCUGGAGAAGGCUGUGCGGGUGAGAAAAGGCAUCUCUAAGGCUGGAGAAAGACACAGGGCCCUCAGCCCGAAGUCAGGGUCCACUGCCACUUCUGCCAGCACAGCGUCUGCCCCGUCCCGGGCCUCAGGCCAGGCUGGCUGUCGAGUCUCAGAGACAAAGCCCCCCAGGGGCAUCCAGCAGAACGUGGUGCCUGCCAGGGGCCUCCCUGAGUGCAGGCUUCUGUCAGCGGGGGAUCGCACCCGUGUGGGGAGAGGAGCCGGAGUCACCAAGCCUGGACCAGGCCUCGGGGACCAGCAGACACCCCCAUCAGCUGGUCUUCGGGCCCCAGAAGCUUUCACGCUGAAGGAGAAAGGGACCUUGCUGCAGCUACCCAUGGCCUACAGGAAAGCGGCUUCCCGGAACUCCCGCCUGUGGGCCCAGCUCAGCUCUACACCGACCGGUGACUCCGUGGACGCCGCUACGGCCGCCAAAACCCAGUUCCUCCAGAAAAUGCGGAUGACUGCAGGUGGGCCCAGCUCCGGGCUCAGCGCCGCAGAAGUGGACGCCGAGGUGGGGCCCCUGCGCAAGGCCUGCUCGCUGCUGAGACAACGGAUGGAGGAAGCGCUCUCAGCCGCCCCUGCCGACGGCGUGCAGGAGUUCCACCGCCUGCUUACCCUGGAAGGGCUGCAGGCCAUCACGGAGCAGUGCCUCCACCGGCUGCAGGAGCUGCGCGCAGCGGUGGUGGGACAGCAGCCGGGGCCGUGUCCUGAGGGGAGGCGCCCCCGAGCCUCGCUGCCCUGCGGAGGAGGAACAGCCCCUCUCUGGAGCCCCCAGCUUCUUCUCUACUCCAGCACCCAGGAGCUGCAGACCCUGGCGGCCCUCAAGCUGCGGGUGGCCAUGCUAGACCAGCAGAUCCACCUGGAAAAGGUCCUGAUGGCGGAGCUCCUCCCCCUGGUGCGCGCACAGGAGCCACAAGGGCCACACUGGCUGGCGCUCUGCCGAGCGGCGCACAGCCUGCUGUGCGAGGGCGGGCAGCGCUUCCCCACCAUCCUUCGAGACGAACCCGCCAACUGAACCUUUCCCGUGGCUGCCGCCCCCCGCCCCGUUCUCAGGCCUCAGGACCCUGGCAUGAGGGUGGCCUUGUUCGGACGCUGAGCUGUUGGGAGAGCGCUCCCCACCCCCCGCUGGCUAACAGGGACUGAGGGGAUUCUCAGUGCGGAGAUGGCUGCGCCCACCGUGGGAAACCAGGUUUCCCGGGUUGGGUGAGGCCAGCACCCUGGCUCUUCUGAGGACCCCAGCCCAGCAGCCAAAGCGAGGGGUCAGGCCUGCGCCUGGCUUGGCCUUCCGAGGGCUCAGGGACCAGAGGCCUUCGGUGCUUUGCUUAGCUACCUCGGUUUCUUCUCGCUUUAGACUUCCGAGCCGCUGGUGUGAUGUCGACACCGCCUUAGAAAGUAUGUAUGUUGAAAUCACACUGAGAUGGGACUUGGUACCUGUUUUUUCUUUGUGUUUUUGCUCACCAAGCACGCAGCAAGUGUACUCUCUGAGAACACCCCUUCCUUUCGGUACCAAGGGGCGGGGAAGGCCACUGAAGGCGAGCAGGGCUGGCACUUCCCGCAAGCAUUGGCCCCAGCACACCCGAAACCCCUCCCUCCAGUCGCCUACACUGUACUGGGCACAUUGGAAACACAAAAGCCACAAGCAUAUAUCAGAGCGGGUGCCCCCCCCCCCCCCCCGCCACUGUCAGCACCAGGGAACUCGCUCCUGACCUAUUCCACGACCACCUCCAACCUUCCUGCCUCUCCUGCUGGAGGAAUCCUUGCUUUGUGAAGGCAAAACAACGCAGAGGUCAAGGGCACAGCCUCUGGGCUUAUACCCCUCACAGGUUUGGACUUACACUUGAUUGCUGCUCUGGGACUUUUAGCAAGAUUCUCAAGGGCCCAGUGUUGUCCUCACUGUCAUCCUGGGGUUAGUCGCUGGGAGAGGUAAUCGAAGAGACGUGACCACCCGUUGACCCGUGAGUUGGAUCUGGGUAGCCGGAGUCUCCUCACCCCUCCCCUGCCCUUGGAAUGCGGCUUCCACUUGCCUUGUCACUCCCAGGGGCUGCUCCGAGGACACAGGCUUGAGGCAGUGACCUGAUGCUUUACACACCCACCCAGGUGCACAGCUGCACCCAGUUAGGGCCUCUCCUGACACCAACCUUCAAGCCCUGGUGGUGGGUGUAGGUGCUGUAGGGAAGGCCCCUUGCUUACUAACCCCGCCCCCCUCACCUGGAGUGGCCUCUUUCUUCAGUCCCCCCUGCCCUCUGCACGUGGGGGCCAGUUUCAGAUGACCCCCCCCAGGAGGCUCCCCAGGAGCCCGCACGCCGACAGCAAUGGUUACUACCACAGGGUCUGGGGCGAGGACAGACUGCAUGGUGCUGGGCCCUGGCGAGGCCUGGGAGUCUAGUGUUAUUUAAAUAACCCUUUACUGAGGACGCCUGGUGGCUCAGUCAGUUGAGCAUCUUGGUUCAGGUCAUGAUCUUAUUGUUCGUGAAUUCAGGCCCAGCAUCGGGCUCUCAGCUGUCAGCACGGAGCCUGCUUCGCAGCCUCUGUCCCCUCUUAGCACCUCCUCUGCACAUCUUCUCUGUCUCUGAAAAAUAAGCAUCUUAUUUAUAUAUAUGUAUUUGUAUAUAUAUAAAACCUUUACUGAGCAGCUGUGCAGACGAAGCACAAUUCUCAGAGCUGGGGCAUUGGCCCUUUGUGUGGACAGAGAUGAGUGAGAGGCAAUAAAACCAGCCUCUGCCCCAGGGGUGCUCAGACCCUGGAGCCAGGUAACCCUGGAGAAGGCCCAGGCUCCUGAGAGAGCUGACUGUUGCAGGCAUGGGGGAGGGACCAAGUGAUGUUGAAGCAGCCUCCAGAUGGCUCUGGGUCCCCGCAGGGCGUCCUUAUAAAAGCCCCCACAGUCCCACAGGCAGAAACCUUGAACGUGGAACCCAGGUUCUGUGGGCUGCUGGGGACCAGAUAACGGACCAAAGUAGGAAACCUAAAACCCUCAUCCUGCUGAGGAGCCUCCGGGGAGUGGAACAGCAGUGAACCUGCACCGCCCAGAGCAGGAACAGAGAAGGGGAAGCUACCCCGCUCUCCUGGCCGCUCUGUUGCUGUCUCCAGAGCUCAAGCCCAGUGACUCUGACCUUGAGGAACCCUUCAUUUCCAGACUGAGUCCCACUACCACCCUGUCACCCGAAAUCAGUUUCCAUAACCAGUGGCCCCCACCAAAAUUUAUGUAAUCCACCAGUUCACAUAAUUGUGACACCACUUCAUGGGAACGUUAUGGGGUUGGGACAGAGCAAACCCACAGUUCUUAAAACUGUGAUUGAGAACUUUGAGAAGGGGUUUUCGGGAGACUAUGCAAUUAAGAUGACCCUCAGCAAAUUAAAGACCCUACGUGAGUUGGAA